AUGCUCCGCUGCAGCCGCCGCCGAGGCACCUCGCCAUCGCCGGUGCGGGCGCCUCCGCUGGAAGUCGACGACCUCCUCGGUGAGAUCCUCCUCCGCCUCCCCGCGCAGCCGCCCCACCUCCUGCACGCCUCCCUCGUCUCCAAGCGCUGGCGCCGCCUCGCCACGGACCGUCGAUUCGUCCGCGACUUCCGCAUCCGCCACGGAAAGCCUCCCCUCCUCGGCCUCCUCCGCAGCUACUCCAGUCUGCACAAUAGAGUCUAUUUGACACCCACUCCGGGCUCGCCCUACCGCAUCUCCCCCGAGCGCUUCUACUUGACAUCUGACGGCCGCGAGGGCUGGAGGUUGGUCGACUGCCGCCACGGGCGCCUACUCUUCGAGGACCGGGAGCAUCAUCAGGCCAUUGUCUGGGACCCCAUCACCGAAGACCACUGCUUCCUGGCCGUUCCGCCGCAGUUCCACAACCCAAAGAUUGCCGCCCUCCACUGGGCGGUGCUCUGUGCUGCCGGUGAGCAGGGACACGUGCACGGCUUCUGCCACUGGAGCCCUUUCAGAGUUGUCUUGGUGGCCAUCUACAGGCCCCAAAACGAAAUUCAAGCUGUCGCCAUGGCAAGGGUCUACUCCUCCGAGACUGGAACAUGGGGCCAUCUCUUAUCAACACCUGUGCCACAUGUGUAUCUUAUGAGCAGUCUUCCCAGUACACUUGUUGGCAAUACUCUUCACUGGUCGUUUAUUCGGAGGAACACGUGUGUUAUACAGUUUGAUUUGGAUACUCAGGGGCUAGCUAUGGUCAAGAUUGAGAAGCCUCCUGGUUUUCAUUACAAUGUUCAGAUGAUCCAUUCAGAAGAUGGUGGUGUUGCCUUUGCCACUUUGUCGAUCCUCUGUGACGAGCCCUACCUCCAAGUGUGGGAGAAGAAGGCCGAUUCGUAUGGUGUUCCCAAAUGGGUGUUGCUCAAGAGUGUUGAACUGCAGGCGUUUCUUGGAUUGGCCUUUCGGAUUAGCAAGGAGGAGUCAUCUAUAGUGCGCUAUGCUGAGGAUGCUCGUGCCAUUUUUUUGCGGGUGCACUCAUGUGUCCAUAUGGUUAAGCUAGAGACGAUGCAGUUUAAGAUUUUUUUUUUGGAAAAAGAUCCGUCUGGCACCUAUCAUCCGUUCACAAGUUUCUCUGCCCAAGGUCUCUAGACCAGUCUGAAGCAGAAGCAUCACAUCAUUGGACUACGUGCAAGCUGGAAUGGUACUCUUGGUGAUUAUAACUAUGGCUACAUCUAUUGUAGCCAACCGAAGAGUCGGCGUGUAGGAAUGAUCAAAUAUCCCAACUGUGGUGUGGUACUGUAUCUAUCUGAUAUUUAGAACUGUCAACUGAACUCUGAAAUGUUUGGGUUAAUUCGGCUGAGUGUUUGAAUCUUAAAUCGAUUAGAAUCCACCUCCAAUGUGGCUUGGUGUUGACACUGGAUAUUUGUUGUAGCCUAAUCAUUUGUUAACAUUA